AAGUUGUAAAAACGCAGCGCGUUGGCCGCCGACAAUUAUAUAGAAGUUUAGUGAUAUAUUGUUAAAUUAAAUACAUAAAAAGUAACCUGCGUGAAAUAAUAAACGUUCUAAAGUGUGAAAAGCUUGGUGGUGCGCUGAAAUCAUUCCAAAAUUAACACAACUAAGUUUUUACUAUAAGCACUAAGUCAUGCCAGAACAAGAAACAACACAGGAGACAACUCCAAAUGAGCAAAAGGUGUCUACCUAUGAUCCUGCGAUACUGCCGGAUAUGCUGCCUGUCUACUAUAGAAGACUUUUUCCACAUGAGCCCUUCUAUCGUUGGCUAAGCUAUGGCAACGUGGACAAGCAAAUAUUUUUCAAUCGUGAGAUUUCCUAUACGCUACAUGAUGAUAUCUACAUACGCUAUCAAUCCUAUGAUACCCAAGCGGAGUUCGAAAAGGAUAUAUGCGUGCGUAAUCCCUUUAAGAUAGACAUAGGUCCGGUGAUGUCUUCAAGGCCUAGAAACAUGCGUGCCGUGCCUACCUCGUUGGUUCCUAUACAGCGCGAACUAGUCUUUGAUAUAGAUGCUACAGACUAUGAUGAUAUACGCAACUGUUGCUCCGGCGCAGGCAUUUGCAUAAAGUGCUGGAAAUUUAUGGUGCUGGCAGUGCGUGUGCUGGAUGCAGCGCUUAGAGAGGACUUUGGCUUUGAGCACAUCUUCUGGGUGUUCUCUGGACGUCGUGGUGUGCACGGCUGGGUCUGUGACUAUACAGCACGUACUUUGGAUGCCAGAGCACGUGGUGCAGUGGCGGAAUAUCUGAACAUUACUAGCUAUAGCAACAAUACAGCAAAGGUCAACAUAGGCGACAAACCACAUCAUAGUGUCAAGCGUGCCUUGAAGCUUGUGGAGCCCAUGUUUGAGGAGAUUAUAUUGGAGGAUCAAAAUCUCUUUGGCACACCCAAGGGUGUUGGCAAGCUUUUAGCUCUAAUAAGCGAUGAGUCUGCAAGGCAUGAAAUGGACGCCUAUCUAAAGAAAUCACAUGAAGAUGGUGCUCAUUCCAAGCUAAUCUGGGAGAGUUUUGUGCGCUUUGCCAAUUCCAUGCGCACCAGCGCUGCCAAUGUCUGGAGUCGUAAGCUUAAACAUAUUGUAGAAGAAGUGCAGCUUUGCCUGCUCUAUCCACGUCUGGACAUACAUGUAACCAAGGGCUUCAAUCAUUUGCUCAAGGCACCGUUUUGUAUACAUCCUGCCACAGGCAAAGUGUGCGUGCCCUUUAGCGCCAAUGCUGUGGCCAAGUUUGAUCCCACCACAGUGCCUAAUAUAACGCAACUGCUGCAGGAAAUCAAUGCCUAUGAUGAUAAGACCAAGAGCUAUAUAGAAAAGCCAGAGGAUAAGAGUCGCAUCAAGGAUCACAAGAAGACCAGCAUGUUUAAGGGUGUCGUGGUCUUUGAAGAGUUUCUGCGUAAGCUAGAGCGUACUUUUAAAACAGAGAGCAUGGAAUUUUAGCAACUAAAUUAAGAA